AUGGCUGCACUUGAUGGUGGUAACGUGGUUGCUAUCUCGGACUCCCAACUGGGUGUUGUAUGGUAUCUUAAUGCUCAGUCUGGCAAAUACAGCGUGCUACACCGACAUGAGACCAUGAAAGCAAAAUUCGACCUCAGAAUCUUAAUUAGGACCAAUGGAUCAAGAGUACUGCACAAUCAAAUGUGCUACAGUAAUACUCCGAAGCAGAUCUUCUGUCGCGUUCAGAUCGAUACACGUACUGGUCAAGCUAUGGGGCCUUAUGAAAUCAUCAGCCGCUACACACUCGCUGAUGACUUUGCUGUUGAUCCACCGGGGAUCGGAUAUCUGGCCAGUACUAUAAGCAACGAGAUCAUCAGGGUUCCUCCUGGUGGAUCUCAUGAGGUUGUUGCAGGCUUGAAAGAUUCUCGAAUUUGGAUGACCCCUACCUCGGCAGCCUUUGGAAGGACAAAAAAUGAUCGCAAUAUCCUUUAUGUUACUACCGGAGGCGAAACUGAUCUCCCGGUUAAUAACACCGCGUCCUUGGGCGGAAAGAUUAUGGCAGUUCCCAUUGAACGCCAGGUGUCAAUACCAAACUGCUGCACUACAUAG